AUGGGGCGAAUGGAUCCGCUGUUUCGUUUUGACGCGGAUGACGAUAACGAGGAUGGAGGGGAGGUGGCGGCGUGGGAUUUCAAGGGCGCGGGGAAGACUCUUGCGGAGGAGUUUAAGGAGCGAAAAACGACGUCCGUUGAUACCAAGAUUGAGAUGAUCCGACGGCGGAGAGCGAUGGGGCUUGGGAGCACGAAGAGAGGGAGAGAAGAGGAGGACGAGGAGGAGGAGGAUGAAGAGGAGGAGGAAGAGGAGGAGGAUGAGGAGGAGGAUGAGGAGGAGGAUGUGGAGGAGGAAGAGGAAGAGGAGGAGGAAGAGGCAGAGGAAGAGGUAGACUUAGCGGAGGAGGAGCAGGAAGAGGACGAGGAAGACGAAGAGGAGAUGGAAGAGGAGGAAGAACAGGAAGAGGAAGAAGAGGAUGAGGAGGAGGAAGAUGAGGAGGAAGAGGAAGACGAAGCGGAAGAAGAAGAGGACGAGGAGGAAAAUGAGGAAGAGGAAGAGGCGAGUCACAAGAAGACUAAAAAGGAGCCCAAAAUAAAAGAUAUCGAAAAGGCACCCAAGGCAAAAGCCAGGCGAGAGAAGGAAGGAGCAGGAAAGGGAGAAGGCGGGGAAGGGGGGGGCGGAGGGGGAGGCGGGGGGGUGUAUUUCGAGGGGGCGGAGGAGGCAGGGGCGCGGUUCUCUGCGUCGUCCUUCUCAGAACUGCAGCUGUCGCGGCCGCUGCUGCGUGCGUGUGCUGCUCUGGGGUAUGACAAGCCCACACCCAUUCAAGCGGCCUGUGUGCCGCUGGCUAUGGCAGGCCGGGAUAUAUGCGGCAGCGCCAUCACCGAGCUGCAGCUGUCGCGGCCGCUGCUGCGCGCGUGUGCUGCUCUGGGGUAUGACAAGCCCACGCCCAUUCAAGCCGUGUGCGUGCCGCUCGCCAUGGCUGGGAGAGACAUCUGUGGCAGCGCCAUCACUGGACCGCCGCUUUCGCCCUGCCUAUCUGAGGAGCUUCUGUUGUUCCGCCCCAAGCGGGUGGCGGCCACUUUUGAGGCUGUUAUGAUCACAAACCGCCGCCUUCUCUCUCCCCAUCUUGGAGCGACUGUUGUUCCGCCCCAAGCGGGUGGCGGCCACUCGUGUCCUCGUGCUCACCCCAACCAGAGAGCUGGCCGUGCACUCUUCCGUCUCAACCAGAGUGUACAGCAUGGUGGAGAGAAGCUAGCUCAGUUCACAGAUAUUCGCAGAGGGCUGGUGGUGGGGUGGGGGGUUUGCUCGUCUGCCCAUGCUCUACUCCACAAAGUGCACGGCAUGGUGGAGAAGCUAGCGCAGUUCACUGACAUCCGCUGUGGGCUCGUGGUGGGGGGAGUGCACAGCAUGGUGGAGAAGCUAGCGCAGUUCACUGACAUCCGCUGUGGGCUCGUGGUGGGGGGAGUGCACAGCAUGGUGGAGAAGCUAGCGCAGUUCACUGACAUCCGCUGUGGGCUCGUGGUGGGGGGUCUGUCCAUCAAGAACCAGGAGGUGGCUCUGAGGUCACGGCCAGACAUCGUCGUCGCGACUCCGGGCAGACUUGUUGAUCAUCUGCAGAACAGCCAGAGCGUUGACUUGAACGACCUGGCCAUUCUGGUGCUGGACGAGGCGGACAGGCUGCUGCAGCUGGGGUUCCAGGAGGAGGUGAUGGAAAUAGUGAGAGUCUGCCCAAAGCGCCGCCAAACUCUCCUCUUCUCGGCCACCAUGAGUGGGGAGGUGCAGCAGCUGGCCAGCCUGUCCCUCAACCUGCCGGUGCGGCUGUCUGCUGAUGCUUCCAUGCAGCGACCCCGCACACUGGAAGAAGAGGUGGUUCGAGUGCGAUCGUCUCAGGAAGCAGACCGAGAGGCCAUGCUGCUCGCUGUGUGCUCCAGGCUCGCCAAAACCGCUGGCGCAGGCUCGGAAGGAGGGACGGAUGGUGGUUCGGAAGGAGGACAGGCAGGAGAUUCAGGAAGAGGGGAGAAGCGGAGUAAAGCACAGGGGGGUGGUGGAGUGAUCGUUUUCAGCGGCCGCAAGGUAGAGGCGCAUCGGCUGAAGAUUAUAUUUGGUCUGCUCGGAUGGCGGGCGGCGGAACUACACGGGAACCUUACCCAGGCCAUGCGACUGGAUGCCUUGGAACGAUUUCGGACGCACGAUGUGGACUUCCUUAUUGCCACUGAUGUCGCUGCCAGGGGUUUGGACAUUGCUGGAGUGCAAACAGUCAUCAACUACCACACACCCCGUGAAAUCACCAACUACGUGCACCGAGUGGGGCGGACAGCACGGGCAGGCAAGCUGGGAUCGUCAGUGACCUUCGUGGGGGAGAAGGACCGAAGGCUGCUGAAAGCGAUGACAAAGCGAGCAGGCAGGAAGCUGAAGCAGCGGCAGAUAGCCCAAGCGGCUGUGGAGCGGUGGAGGCAGCGAGUGGAGGGCAUGGAGAGGGAUGUAGCGGCUGUUAUGAAGCAGGAGAGGGAGGAACGGGUGCUGCGAAAGGCAGAGAUGGAAGCAGUCAAGGCUGAGAACAUGCUGACUCAUCGCGAUGAGAUAUUCGCCAAGCCCAAGCGCACGUGGUUCCAGAGCAAGAGGGAGAAGGAGGCAGUGGCAGAGGCGGCUAAGGCUGUGGCUGACGCUGAGGCAGAGGGCGGGGAGGGCGGCAGUGGGAAAGGGGGAGGGAAGGGAGGAGGGAAGGUGCUUUCACUGGAGGAGCUGCAGGAGAAGAGGAGGAAGGAGAAGCUGAAGAAGCAGCGAGAGAAAUCCCUCCCAAGAAAGAAACGCAGAAAGCUAGAGGCAGAGAGGCAGGCGCAAGAGGAGGAGGCAGAAGCACAGGAGUUCGGGUUGGAUGAAGCAUCUGAUGGGAAACCCAAGGCUGGAGGAAAGACAAGAGCCGAUCUGGCUUACCGCAAGGCCAAGGCAAUCAAAUCCGCAGAGCGGCUCCGGGCAGCUGGGAAGAUUGUCAGCCUGCCCAAGGCGGGCGGCCGGGCAGCUGGGAAGAAACCGAAGCAGAAAACGCCGUCCCGGUCCCGAGAGAUGAAGGAUCUGUUUCAGACGGAUAUGGCCAAGGGGAAAGGAGGGGGAGGGGCUGGGGGGGAAGUGAAGGGGAGGGGGAAGGCUGGGGGGACUUUCAAGAGCAAGAAGCGGUGA